AUCAUUCGAGCUCAACGCUUCGUACAGUACACAAGCCAGCUACAUCACAGCUACAACCAGCCACAAAAAAUGUGCCAGAACAAGAGCAACAGCACCAUGACCAUCAAGUCGAACAAGAAGUUGUCCUACAGCGUCAAGAAACUGCUGCAAAAGAUCUUCAAGCAGCAACAGUUCGUUGAGAAGGAGCAAAAUCUGAAGAACUCGCUGAAGGUAAUCUCUUUGGAGUCUCUGGAAUCCAUUGAGAACAGCCGCAAUGCCGAUCUGGAGUCUGCCUCCGUUUGCGCCUCGAUGGAGUCCUAUGAGAACGAAGCCAAUGAGCGUUUGUCCGCCUCCCACGACAUGGAGGACUACGAACUCGAGCAAUUGCCCUCAGUGCCCGUUCACUUUGUGCGCACCGCCCAUGGCACCUUCUUCUGGACUGCCGCCUCCGAUCUGCCAGCCGACAAUGAUCUCUGCCAACCCCUCAGUUGCAGCACUGCCAACAAGAUUGCUGUCGCACAGCACCAAGAUCGUUGGGUUCAGGCUUAAGUCGAUCAUCCAUCAUCAACCAGCAGCAACCAUGUCUUCCACUUUGGAGUCCUUGGGCUCCAGCCGACCGCUUUAAUCAACGUCUUCCGUUAAUUUUUGACAAAAUCCACAAAAAUUAACUCGCAGGCCUCAGCCGAAAGCUUUACAAAACAAA